CGUUGUUAGCAUGCUGUAGUUGCUAACAACGCAGUUGUGAUGGUAACACUCACAGUGCCGCAGUUCCAUCGGCGAUGCAAUGUGCGCGUUAGACGAUUAUUAAAUCAUCCGCCCGGCUAAUUGUAUUCCAUAACUUUCGGGAUUAAUUGCUUCGCGAUUAACCACGUGAUCGUCCGUGAAACCGAUGUUUACACUGUACACGUAUUUUGCACAAACUAUGAUUGCGUGUGAGUGUCAGGUGGAAGUUUAACACAGAAAACCCGUAUCGCUGGAUAACAGCGAUGCGUCCGUCCUGGAAUAAACGCUAUUUACUUUAAGCGUCAUAAAAUCGAUACUUUCUGAACAUUUGUUUUCACGUUUUAACUCAAUCGUAUCAAUUUAACGAGGAUCGCUCUUAAUGUACUCGCCAACGGAUCUGCGAACAAGUGUACGCAAACUUCGGAGAUUAUCAAACUUUCGGAAUAACAAAUUACGGAUUGUCAUUGCGCGCGAGCAGUUAAACUCGAGUAAAUUAUCGUGCAGACGAAAGCGUGCGCAGACGCAUCUACUGCAGAAGAUUUGCAAAACAAUUCAAGAAGGGAGAUUUAUUAAAUGCAAAAAAUGAUAAUGCAAACUGACACGGGAGAGUUACGCGCGAAGAUGUUUCGUGAAGAUAAUAUCGGCAAAGUACUUAAGAGGCAUGCAUAUCGUGGCAAUGCACGCGAGUCAUAACUAAAACUUGACAAGUGAAGUUAAUGUGGCAUUCUUUAAUAACUUCUAACCAGCCUGUUGAACACGUGUGAGUCCUCGAAAAGUUUGAAGAUAACAGACUGUGAACUUGACAUAUCGCGUCACACUUUUACGCCGUCGUGGACGUAAUCACCGACUUUAUUUUUAAUAAAGCUCCUUCGUAUGCAUUUGUUUCCAGACACUCAAUUAUUUUAUAUAUAUUCUACAUUGUGUAUAAAUUUUGGCUACAUUUUCUGUUUUUUUCGGAACUUUUCUUGCGUUUUCUAAGAGACACAUUUAAUUAAUGACUUAUAACACUUAAACGCUUAAAAACAGUGAACUGUAUAACAUGAAAAAUAAUCCAAGAAUGUGUGACAACGGAAUUGUGAGUCUAUGAAUUUACGAGGAGAACUGAAAUAUUUUUCAAUACGUACUGAGAAAUGUCAGUGAUUUGUGCUUCAAACAUCUGUCUAAAUUUUCAACCUGAGAGGAUUCAUGUGAGGAUCCUAAAGAUCAAUACAGAACCGAUGACGCCCAGGCAGAAAAUUGAUUGAGAAGCGAAUAAGAAAUGCAUAUCCGGUCGCAACAGCUGGGCGCUGGGCGCGGAGUCUCCAUGGACAUGAAAACAACAUGGGCGGCUCAGGAACAUGACUCCACAUUCACUAAUUUGGAAAGCAUGGCCCGCUUCCAGCAGAAGCAGCUGCAGGAAAAGGAGCAGAAGCUGCUGCAGCUGUACGACCAGCAGCAGCAGAGGGCUUACCAGGUGGUGCAACGGGGUAGCGCGGGUUCCAACACCUCCAAUCACGGAUCCUCCUCGGUCCGAGCGACGACUCACUCGACCUCGACCUCGCAGGGCGGUAAGGUGAGACAAAUGUUCGACGAGAGACGGCAAACUACCGUGAAGGGGAUCGACAGGAGUUAUCCGCUCGAGCCGCUCGAGAACAAGCUGCGGAAGCAGACGAACGCGAACGGUGUGACGGCAACGCAGAGGAACGGUAAUUUGGCGGUGAAUCGACAAUCCGUCAGCAUGAAGCGCAUGGCGCGCGCGGACGUCAACAGCAACGUUAACGGCGGUAAACCCGUCGUUUCUUAUCACGAAGAAAUCACUCGCGAGUCAUUUGGACCGUAUGUACGUCGCCACGAUGAUGAAGACGAGUUUGGCAUUGAGAAUCGCAUGGCUGCAUUCGCCAAUGGACAUCAUCGUCAUGAAGUUGACAAUGAGCAAGACGAAGCGUUAGAUCAAGAGGCAAUAGAAAGAAAUCGCAUGAUGGCGAAGAUUCAUCUGAUGGGAUUCGAUGAAACCUUGAAGCACCGCGUAAGGAACGACUUGGAGAGCGAAGAGUUUCCAGAGUAUCUCAUGGUGGAUGUCCCCGAUAAGCUCCCGAAGAAAAAUAUCACAAAGAAAUUGUCUCAAGCUCAAGCGCGACUUGAACGAUUCAAAAAUACGAUUGCCAAGAACAACAUGCCGAAACAACCGAUUUCGAGCAGCAAUGUGAUAAGGAAGCAAAUGGAGUCUGCAAGAUCGAAUUCCCAAGGGAACAAGAUCGCUGGGACUUCCCCAACGAGCGCGAGAAGCGGAAGCUGGACAUCAGAGCGCAGUCAAAGGAUUCUCGCGAAUAUGAAGAAUCCUCUACUGGCUGAAACUCGUAUGUUUGACGGAAUGAGCAAGGAGCGAAGGAGGAGUUCAGACGUAGAGACGUUCAGCCGAAAAGACGGUUCAGAAAUCUCCUCGAGAGAAUUCACGAAAGUGAGAACUUAUCCUAGAAAGAAUGAGUUUAAAUCACUGACGUCUGAUGGGAAAAUAUUUAUAAGACGUAGCCCGAGUCCACAAUUCUAUUGUGCAGAACCUGAGAGAUCUGGCACGACCAUGAGCAUUGAUCGGAGAAGCACCGAUUCUAGAUUAGCAUCACCUGAUCGGAUGAAACGAAGCGCGAGUCCGCGGUUCUUUUCUAAAAAAAAUGAGCGAUCGGCUACAACCAUGAGCAUUGAUCGAGCAACUAGUGGAUCUAAGUCAUCAGAGUGGGAUAGCGAAGUAUACGGAAAGCGGAGCAUAAGUCCGCGAUAUCUUGACGUAGUGUCUCGACAAAAUCCAAGAAGUGUCGCUAGAAAAGUCAAUGGGGCUAAAUCACCAGAAUGGGAUACGAGAAGCUCGAAAAGAAGCGCAAGCCCAUUCUUUUCGCGAGAAUCUGAACGAUCCGCCACGGCCAUGAGUACUGAUGGAAGCACAACUAGACUUGAAUCACCAAAUUGGGACAGAAAAGUAUUUGCAAAAUCAGAAGCAAUACCACAAUAUGCUUCGAAACACUACGAAAGAUCCGAGACAAGUACGAGUACUGAUCGAAAGUCUAAUUUGUCAGAAUCGCCAUUAUUUUAUCGAGAGACAAAACGAAGCGUGAAUCCGCCCUUUUUUCUCAAAUUUGAGCAAUCUCGUAAACAUAAGUCUAAUUCACCAAUAUGGAGUAAAGAAACUUUGCAGCGAAAGACUCUUGAUCGAAAGACUCCAACUAAAUCAGUAUCAUAUGAAGAGGAUAUAUUAAAAAGGCGAAGUUCAAGUCCGCAAUUCUUUUGCAAAGAAUCCGAGCGUUCAGGAACAACUAUGGCAAUUGAUCGCGCAAGAAGCGAAUCUAAAUCGCCGUCAUAUGAUCGAGAAAUAAUAACAAGGCGAAGUUCAAGUCCGCAAUUCUUUUGCAAAGAAUCCGAGCGUUCAGGAACAACUAUGGCAAUUGAUCGCGCAAGAAGCGAAUCUAGAUCGCCGUCAUAUGAUCGAGAAAUAAUAACAAGGCGAAGUUCAAGUCCGCAAUUCUUUUGCAAAGAAUCCGAGCGUUCAGGAACAACUAUGGCAAUUGAUCGCGCAAGAAGCGAAUCUAAAUCGCCGUCAUAUGAUCGAGAAAUAAUAACAAGGCGAAGUUCAAGUCCGCAAUUCUUUUGCAAAGAAUCCGAGCGUUCAGGAACAACUAUGGCAAUUGAUCGCGCAAGAAGCGAAUCUAGAUCGCCGUCAUAUGAUCGAGAAAUAAUAACAAGGCGAAGUUCAAGUCCGCAAUUCUUUUGCAAAGAAUCCGAGCGUUCAGGAACAACUAUGGCAAUUGAUCGCGCAAGAAGCGAAUCUAGAUCGCCGUCAUAUGAUCGAGAAAUAAUAACAAGGCGAAGUUCAAGUCCGCAAUUCUUUUGCAAAGAAUCCGAGCGUUCUGGGACAACUAUGGCAAUUGAUCGCGCAAGAAGCGAAUCUAGAUCGCCGUCAUAUGAUCGAGAAAUAAUAACAAGGCGAAGUUCAAGUCCGCAAUUCUUUUGCAAAGAAUCCGAGCGUUCUGGGACAACUAUGGCAAUUGAUCGCGCAAGAAGCGAAUCUAGAUCGCCGUCAUAUGAUCGAGAAAUAAUAACAAGGCGAAGUUCAAGUCCGCAAUUCUUUUGCAAAGAAUCCGAGCGUUCAGGAACAACUAUGGCAAUUGAUCGCGCAAGAAGCGAAUCUAGAUCGCCGUCAUAUGAUCGAGAAAUAAUAACAAGGCGAAGUUCAAGUCCGCAAUUCUUUUGCAAAGAAUCCGAGCGUUCUGGACAACUGGCCAUUGAUCGCGCAAGAAGCGAAUCUAGAUCGCCGUCAUAUGAUCGAGAAAUAAUAACAAGGCGAAGUUCAAGUCCGCAAUUCUUUUGCAAAGAAUCCGAGCGUUCUGGGACAACUAUGGCCAUUGAUCGCGCAAGAAGCGAAUCUAGAUCGCCGUCAUAUGAUCGAGAAAUAAUAACAAGGCGAAGUUCAAGUCCGCAAUUCUUUUGCAAAGAAUCCGAGCGUUCUGGGACAACUAUGGCAAUUGAUCGCGCAAGAAGCGAAUCUAGAUCGCCGUCAUAUGAUCGAGAAAUAAUAACAAGGCGAAGUUCAAGUCCGCAAUUCUUUUGCAAAGAAUCCGAGCGUUCUGGGACAACUAUGGCAAUUGAUCGCGCAAGAAGCGAAUCUAGAUCGCCGUCAUAUGAUCGAGAAAUAAUAACAAGGCGAAGUUCAAGUCCGCAAUUCUUUUGCAAAGAAUCCGAGCGUUCUGGGACAACUAUGGCAAUUGAUCGCGCAAGAAGCGAAUCUAAAUCGCCGUCAUAUGAUCGAGAAAUAAUAACAAGGCGAAGUUCAAGUCCGCAAUUCUUUUGCAAAGAAUCCGAGCGUUCAGGAACAACUAUGGCAAUUGAUCGCGCAAGAAGCGAAUCUAGAUCGCCGUCAUAUGAUCGAGAAAUAAUAACAAGGCGAAGUUCAAGUCCGCAAUUCUUUUGCAAAGAAUCCGAGCGUUCAGGAACAACUAUGGCAAUUGAUCGCGCAAGAAGCGAAUCUAAAUCGCCGUCAUAUGAUCGAGAAAUAAUAACAAGGCGAAGUUCAAGUCCGCAAUUCUUUUGCAAAGAAUCCGAGCGUUCUGGGACAACUAUGGCAAUUGAUCGCGCAAGAAGCGAAUCUAAAUCGCCGUCAUAUGAUCGAGAAAUAAUAACAAGGCGAAGUUCAAGUCCGCAAUUCUUUUGCAAAGAAUCCGAGCGUUCAGGAACAACUAUGGCAAUUGAUCGCGCAAGAAACGAAUCUAGAUCGCCGUCAUAUGAUCGAGAAAUAAUAACAAGGCGAAGUUCAAGUCCGCAAUUCUUUUGCAAAGAAUCCGAGCGUUCAGGAACAACUAUGGCAAUUGAUCGCGCAAGAAGCGAAUCUAAAUCGCCGUCAUAUGAUCGGAGAAUAUUGAUAAAAGAAAGUCCACAAUAUUUUAACAGAAAGUCUGGACAACAAUAUGCAAUGACUACAGACAUUGGUCAAGAAUAUGACAAAUCAAAACUAACUGGAAGUAUACGCAACAAGCGCACCACAAGUCCGCAAUUUUUUUGCAAAGAGACUAAAAACUCUGCUACAACGAUGUUGAUCGAACCGAGAUCGAGCACAUCGGAUUCAUAUGCCAAAGGCAUAUUGAAGCAGCGUAAUUAUCCAACUCUCACUUACAAGCAAUCCACAAAAUGUUUGCCAUCAAUUAAAAGGAAAAUGAAUUCUACACAAAGUAGAUACAUCUCGAGCCCUUUGACUACUAAACGCGAAAGGAAGAGAAAUUUAAAGGAAGACGAAAUUUCCAUCGCAGAAACUCGUAGAUCAUCCAAGGCCUCGGAAACCUCCGCAACAUCAGCCAGUUCCAUCGUAAAUCUGAAAUACGGCUUGGAAUUUGAUAACAUUUUUCAAUCGGCAGAACUUGUUCGUAAGUUUAUGAAAUCCCAGAAGGGAGAACAGCGGCAGGUCCGUCAAUCGCUUCCGAAACGCAAUAUCAAGAAUGUGAACGCUCCAACUACAAAAGAUAUUCAAUCGCGGAAUCGAUAUAAAACUUCGCUGCUUUCCCGAAAGACGAGAUCGCCAUCGAAAGUAGAAAUUGAAGAUCAGAGGAGAACUACGCCGGAAUCUCCGCGCAAGAGUAUCACUCCAACAGAAGUCGACAUGGAAAUUCAAGAGAUCACUAUGACCGAUCACCGUAUCGAUUGCAACAGGCAACAAAAUGUUGUGAGUCCGAUAUCAAAACGACAAAUUAACGGAACAUUCACGAGAUCACUCGGCAACAAAACGAAAUUCAAAACUUCUGUCACCUAUCCUGUUCGCAGAACGCAUAGACAGAGAGCGUCCGUCUUGGGAUCAAGUGUUUUUAGGAAGGAGAGCUCUUCUGGAGGAAGUAAGGAUCUCCGACGCCAUCGAGAUAGCGAGGGAAGUGCUAUCAGCUUGAGCAGGCUCGAUAACUGUAGUCCUGUGAGCAAAACUUCUCAGCAUGUCAUAGCUCGAGCUAAGGAAGAUAGAGCUCGAGAGAGCGACGCUAAGAUAUCUAAAACACGGAAGCAAACGUGGAACCAACCAUUAAAAAAUCGAACUGAAUACAUUGGAGUUCAGUCUAAGAAACACGAUGAAGAUCGACAGCGUGUGAGUUCUCGAUCCCCAAAUCUGAUGCGGUAUCGACCUACAGAAAAUGGACUUCAAAGUUCGAAGACAACGUCUUCUCUUAAAAGAGAACAACAUUCCGCUGUCUCGCCGAUUUCGUGCGAGAACCAAAGCAUGGGAAUACGUGCAGAGUUUGACCAAUCGCGAAGAUCGCAGUCUAUGCAAGGUACGCUAAAACUCAAAGACUUAUCUCCAUCCGCAAUCGACGAACGAGAAUCGAAACGACAGUCAGAAGAUAAGCAAGAAAAUAGGGCGGUUGAUGAAGUCGACGCGAAAUAUCAAACAAUAGUCGAAACUGCCUUAAAUAAGAAGAUGAAAGAUCGUCGCAAAAUUCUUGGCUCAAGUCCUGCUGAUAGCAUCAGGAGUAAAGACGUUUUCCCUCGAAAAGGAGCGCGAGCUUCAACGAAGUCGAUUCCUCCAAAGAAAACAAUUCCGCCGAGGAAAGAAUGUGGCAGGCAGCACGAUAUAAAGUCUAGCGCUUCAUCGCGAGUUUUAUCUCCGAUACAAACUCCAAAAAUUUCCCGCGGUACUGGUAUCUUACAGAUUUCAGUAUCCCAGAGAGUCGUAUCGAAAGGGGAUCGAAGUUCUUCGCCCAAAUUCUUGACGCACUCUGUCAAACACCAUAAACCAAAAGGCGUUCUAGAAACGGUAGGAUCGAGCGAUAAAACGAAUGUAGAUCGUAGAAUCGAAAAGUCGGACGAUACCGCGAAGGAAAUUCCAAAAGCGCUAGUGCAACGAGAGGACAAAUCCGAAAGUGAUUUUGGAAGAAUGGACUCCGUGGAGUCGGCAUUGAAACGAUUCGACUCGAUAGGCGCGGAAUUCGAACGUUCAAGCCCGGUAAGUUUUCGGGCGUCUCCAGAGAUUUCAUUGCAGACGAGGAACGUGAAAGUGGAAAUCUCUGCUAAGGGACCAAACACUUCUCAAGAAUCAACGAUAGUGGAUUCUCGUGAAGUAACGAAGGAUACAUUAAAAUCUGCUCCCAAAAGUGCAAUCGCUAAAGCCCUGAAAGUUAAGAAUAUUGAGCGUAAAAGUGAUUUAAAGCUUCCCGGAAGAGAGAUUUACUCUUCUAAAAGGCCAGCAAAACCCAGAAGCUUGAUCGAAAGCAGACAGAGAUCAACGCCAACGUGUAGGCGCCAAUUAUUUCGGUCUGAUAUGGAAAUCGUGAUUCCAGAAGACCAACUACAAUCGAGUCAUGCAAAAGCGCGUAAGAAAGAGAAUUACCCCUCCCUCGUAAAUGUUGCAUUUCGUGGAAACAAAGCGCUUUCAAAGACCAGGUCUCCCAAAACUCUUGAUCGUGAGGUCGCGAAAAGAUCGAGGAGGUUGGAGGAGACGUCAGGCUUUUACGUGCAACCGCUACGAUCCAUUGAGGAUAUUCGAAAAUCGAUUCGUAAAAGUAAAUACGAGCAAAGUAGAUUAACCGCAGUGAAAGAGUCGAGGUCAGCAAUUGCAAAUCGGCGUUCAGCCUCGCGAGAAGGUAUUGAUGCGAAGGGAUCAAUCUCCGCGACCGAUGCAGCCAGAAACGUAUUUUCCGGAGGCGGUCCCGCCAGGUUGACUAAAGUUAAAUCCCGUGUAUCCAGGAUCACGAAGAGCCCGAGCCCCGACGUAGCUGCGAGGAAGCAGCACGAAACGAACGCAACGCGAACGACUAGAGGAAACUUUCCAUCGUCACCCUCCAAAAGUCCUGAUAUCGCUUCCAGGAAUCAAGAAACGAAGCCUUCGAGGAAGUCAGUGGUCGCAAAGGGCGCAGAUUCGAUCGGAAGUAAGGCGGCCGCAACCGCAGCGGUCGAUGUAGCCGAUGGUGUCGUUCUCCAAAAUGGUUCGCUCCACGAAUCCCAGACAAAGAAAUCCGACGCCUUUGUAAUCGACUUCGACGAUCAACCGCCGAAAGAAAGUGACACGGUGCCGUCGAAAAAGCUGCCAGUGAGAAAACCUUCUAGCGAUCAGCAGACAACUUCCCGUGGAUCCGGUCGACCAAUCUCGUCAUCGAGUUCUAGUGCUAAUUCAUCUCAAAGUCAAGCUUCUAGUACGAAGGCUAAAAUGGCAACGAAAACGUCUAAUUCCUCUGGACCACAAACAAAGAAAACAUUUCCAGCAAAAAGCUCAGGAAGCAACACGGAUAACUUAGUAACCUGUAGCAUUUGCAAACGUAACUUCGCGCAAGAUCGUAUCAGCUACCAUGAAACCAUUUGUGCAAAAACGACGAGCAAGAAAAGGAAACAGUUUAACACAAAAAUAUUCCGAAUCAGAGGAACCGAAAUCGAACCUUUCGCCAAGGAAGGCUUCGAUAAAAAACAAGAGUCGAAGACUAAGAAACCGGAAGUGAAAUCGGAUUGGCGGCGUAAGCAUGAGGACUUCAUUACCACGAUUCGUUAUGCCAAGCAAGUGCAGGCGCACGUGGCGGCGGGUGGAAAUCCGAAUGAUAUAUCGCCACCUCCUCCCAGCGACACCAGCGAUUACAUACAGUGUCCACAUUGUGGAAGGAAGUUCAAUCGAGCCGCCGCGGACCGGCACAUUCCCAAAUGCGAGAACAUGCGUCAUAACAAACCAGCAAACUCGCGAGCACCGAGACCAAGGCGCUAAAAAUUGACAGCCACACACAUUUCUGCAAAUAAACUUCAUACGCUAGGCAUCGUGAUGACUUAAAAAUAUAUGAAUAAAUAAACAGAUAAAUAUAUUUAUUUAUUUGUUCAUAUACAUAUAAACUUCAUCUAAGUUAUAACAUUUGCACCGCUACAACUGUUAGAAUAAAUUUCAUAAAUUAGAAACUCGCAAGAUGGAUGAAAAUUAUGUAAUAACAUAAUAAAAGUUAUGUAUAUUAAUUAAAAGCGGCAUAUGCAGUUGCAAAAUUGAAAUGAUCGAAUUUGGCAGUAAUAAAUGAUUAUAGAUGACUUUCACGUUUCAAAUAAUACAUAAAUAGACGUGCCGCUGUUGCUUUGUUAUUCGUAAAGCUAUUAUCAUCCGGCAGGAGCUUUGAAUAACUGCAAUGAAUUUGUUUUAUUAUUAAAGUUUACUAUAUUUACUUAUUAUAUAAUUAAACACAUUUUUUAUAACCGAAGUACUAUAUAUGAAGCAAAUGUAAAGAUGCGCUCUUACAUAAUGUACAUGAAAUAUAUAUUAUACUUAACAUAAACUGCAAUAAAACAGAAAUUCUUUUCAUAAGAUAUUAAUUUAUGAAUAAAUUGCGCGACUUUGUUUAUUAAUCUACUUUGCAAAUACAUAUUUUAAUUAAUAAGGUAAAUUUGUUCUUUACGUUAAUAACGUGCAUAUAUUUUCGAUAAGUUAAAUUUUCCUCAUAGCAGACAUUUAUUAAAAGAGAGUAUUUUAUUAAAUGCUAUAUUAUUUACAAUUACAUUUAGUCACAUAUAUUAUAAAUAUUGAUUUCUGUUUAUUUAUUUGAUAUUAUUUAUUAAUCGUAAUUAGUAUUUUCAUGAUUUAAUAAAAUACUUUAUAUAACGUUUAAUAAUUUUAAGGAAAAACUUGGGCUGGAUUCGAGGAACACGCUAUUAGCGCUAUCAUCAUCAGGCUAUCUUUAUUACUCAUUCAAUAGAACAAAGAUAGACUGAUGCUAACGCAAAACUACGUUGCGCGAACGCAGCCAUGAUACAUUCUAGAAAAGUGAUAUGCAUAUUAUCAUGUAUAAUUUGUAUAAUAAAACAAAUUCCUUACAUUUCUAGAUCCA